GGCGCACGAGAGGGUUUCUGAGACUCAAGAGAAUCUAAUCACCAGGAGUUAAGGCUUGUGUUCACUUAACAACUCCCCUGACGACUAACGCGAGUGAAGCAGAGUGUAUCUUUACCGGGAAUUUUGCGUGCUGUGCCCCGUGAUGCUUGCGAUUUUACCAGUGUGUUUAUGCUGUUGCCUCUUUCUUCAUGCCGUCACCCCGCCGGUCACCGCAGCGGUACGCAACAGGUUGAAUUUUCCCACAAAGUUAAGGAAGUCAGAUGAGAAGGGGGGCGCCAUCGCCUUGGAAACAGUGGUCAGGCCUCCUGUUGCCCUCGGUAACGGCUUAAGAGAGCGACACAGCGUCUGGAGGGUCCUCCUGAAGAAAGGACCCCCACUGAGAGGGCCCAGAGAAGUGCCUGUCCAAAAUAGUGUACCCACAGAUGGAGAGGACCUGAUGGAAACCAGGCACAGAGGGUCACGGGUGCGGCGCCACGUCAUUGUGAGGUCGCGGAGUCAUCGGCAUGGCAACCUGAUGCGUGUGGGGUGUGUUCUGGGCACGUGUCAGGUGCAGAACCUCAGCCACCGUCUGUACCAGCUGAUUGGCCAGACAGGGAGGGAAGAGACCUCCCCCAUCAACCCGCGGAGUCCCCAUAGUUACGGAUGAGGCGCCACGGCAACUAAUCCACAAACCAUAAACUGUUAGCGCAUCUGUCUGUAGUAGGGGAAGAUCAUAUUAUAUUUGUAUAUACAUACUGUAUGUCUACUGUGUGUGAGUAUAUAUGUCUACUGUGUGUGUGUGUGUGUGUGUGUGUGUGUGUGUGUGUGUGUGUGUGUGUGUGUGUGUGUGUGUGCGUGCGCGCGUGUGUAUGUAUGUGGGCGUGUUUUCACAUGUAUGCAUGUGACUGCACAUAAAUGGCCACUAAUGCCUAAUUCCUGUUGCCACUUUCUGCUUAUCUCUCUCAGGCUUCACCUUUCUGUAACAGACAAACACCACAACAGACACAAGUUACUUAAACUCACUCCUAGAGAAGCACACAACCACUGUUCACAGAUCAGUAAGGUCUUACACGUCUCUCUCUUUCUCUUUCUCUUGCUGUAGCUCUCUCUCUCUCUCUCUCUCUCUCUCUCACACACACACACACACACACACACACACACACAUAUCUUCACACAUGCUACUUGUACACAAAGAGGUCAGAUCAUUCAUAAAACAUGUCAAAGCACUUUAAGCAAAUGUACUUGUUUAAUCUAAAACCUGAGGCAAUGUCAUGUUAUUUAAAUGUAAAUUAAAUAUACUGUAUGUACAUACUCCAGACCUGUAAUCAUAUAUAACAUGUAAGAAUAAAUUAGGUGUCACA